AUGUCUUCAAUAGAAGAACACACAUCUCAGUACAAAAGUCUGUCGCACAGAAAAAUCGAAGUGAUCAAGAAAAACCUUGUGUCUGUUUGUGGAUUAAGUGUGAAAAGUUUGAUAGAUAAAGCAUGUUUUUCAACAAUAGAAGAUGGUUGUGAACAACUCAUUAAUUUUACAGCUAACCUUGAACAAAUCUUACUUCAUCAAAUACGACCACAAAAGAAUUGGUAUGGUGGAGCAGAAAACCUCCAUUUCUGGACAUACAUAAAACAAGCAUGUAAAAAUAUUCCACAGAGCUGUAUUAGUAAUAUUGACAGCAUUGAAAACAUCAAAUCUAUGUCAGCCAAAGGUCGAGCAUUUAUUCGAUGUGCUUUAAUGGAGAAAAGAUUAUCAGAAUAUAUAAGUACAGCAGUAAAACAGACCAAACUUACAAAGAAGUAUUAUCUAGAUGGAGCUAUAUUAUUAUCAGAAGAAGCUACCAUGAUAUGUGGUGUGUUACUUGGUUUGAAUUCAAUAGAUUUCAGUUUUUGUUUAAAGGGACAGAAUGUUGAUUUAUUUGGUCCAAUGGUUAUAGAUUAUACUCCAUAUCUAAAAUAUCAACAAAGUAUUGAAGGUAAUUAUAUUGAUGAAGAUGAGAUGAGAAUGUUAAACAGUGGUGAAAAUUCUAGUCAUAAUGUAUAUGAAGAUAAUUCUGAUAUAACAUGGAAAGAGAAAUUCAGAACAUUAGAAAAUAAAUACAGAGGAAUGUGUGAACAAAAGGGAUAUUUGGAAGAAUUAUUAAGAAUGAGAGAAAAUCAACUGGAUGAAUCAAAUCAACAACAACAGAAAUUAUUUAAAACUUUACGAGCUAUGGAGAAAGAAAAUAAAAGAGAAAGAGACGAAUUGGAACAAGUUAUUUUAGAAUUACAGGCACAAUUGUAA